AGUUAAAAUACGUAUUCAUGUAAACGCCUACGUAAUAAUUUGUUUUUUUAGGGUGUAUAGAAUAAUUUGUCAUUAAGUUUAAUAAUUUCAACUAUGCAAUUUAGAUGGUUAACUUCCUCAACACGGGUUUGAAGAAGUUAAAACCAUUUGCAUGCAAAAAUUUUCUUAUGGUUAAGUGGUGAGAUUGUGAAAGGAAUGCGUAAUAUAGGAAUGUGAAAUGCAAAGGCCGAUUUUGGAUCAUCUUUGUGGUUGGAUAAAGGCAUAAAGGUUGCUGGGCUGCGUUUGACACAACAACGAACUUAUGGAAGGAAGUAUUUCUUAUGUAAAAGUGAAAGUGUGCCAAUAAAUAGGUCACGAAACCACGACGCGUCUACACAGCUACCACAUAUCAGACUUACUAGAUAAAAAUAUAGUUUAAAACUCAAACCCAGAUUUAAGCAAUUUUUUAAGCUAAAGAAUAUAAGGAGAUCACCUAUUUUCCUAACAUUUAUUAGAAACUAUAAUCCCAUAACUUCGAUUUAGAAAUGUCUUUCUGCUCGUGGUCAAGUAAAGAGGUUUAUAAGGAUCACUUUGUACCUGGUGUUUAUUGUUGUGCUGAAUGUGGAUACGAAUUGUUCAGCAGCCGACAAAAGUAUGAGCACAAUUCUCCUUGGCCUGCAUUCAGUGAUACCAUUCAUCCUGACUCGGUGGCAAAGCAUUUAGAGUCACCGAGGGCCUAUAAGGUUAAGUGUGGAAAAUGUGCAAACCCACUUGGUCACGAGUUCGUUAAGGAUGGACCUGACGGGAAAUCUCGUUUCUGAAUAUUUUCUCACGCUCUGACCUUCAAAGCCAACUAAAUUGUUUAUACACAUUUAUGUUGAGAUAGAUAAGGUGAGCGUGUAUUCGUGCGUAAUGUGCCUAAUGAUAUUUUCGAAACUCUUAGAAAGUUCAGAUGCAUGUGGGUUUGACUAUGAAACUUGGCGAUUAAACCAAAAAUAAUUGGGGUUGUUGAGUGGAUUUCCUUCAAAUCUUAUCGUGUCUCUGUUCUGUUAUACACUUCUACCUGUCCUCUACUUCCAUGAGCAACGAAUAAGUAGUAUUAGUAGUUGAAUAUAAAAAUUUAUAUGUAUUUUUGUCGUCCACACUUUACAUUUCCAUGCAAUAAAUAAAAAUACCCAAUAAAAUUCAA